GGGGGGUAAUACCGUAAUAAUACUAGUAGCGCUUAGCGCCAUCUUGUGACGAAGGUUAAUUUGGCCAGAUCUCAAGUUUUGUGUAUUUGUAAUAAUACAACCAUAAGUAUAAUCUUCGAGUAUUGUAUUUAUCAGUUAAUCAUUAAUAAGUUUGAGGAAGGUAUCGGUGUGAGAAUAAGAUUUCAUUCGCAACUUGCUCAAGUGUAUAGCUAGCCAAAGCAGACGGGGUUAUGACUUAUGAGCUGGGAUAUCUGACGACUGCAAAUUUUCCCUUCCCUACACUGCUACAGAACUUGAUUGAGAAUCAGCCGGUAGUCGGCCGUGAUCAACAUGACAACUCCCGCUGGCGCCGCUGUGCAAGAUGAUUCCAGUGUCAGUUUCACAAGAGAUGUCCGCAUUAUUUCAACAGCAGAAGUUGAGAAGCAUACGGUAUAUACCAUUCAGGUCAGUGUCGAUGACUGCCAGUGGACAGUUCAGCACCGAUACAGUGAGUUCCACGACUUACAUGAGAAACUAGUCGCUCUUGGCAGGGUGGAAAGAUCCCUGCUGCCUCCCAAGCGUAUCCUUGGCAACAUGUCAAAAAGCUUCAUUGAGAAGCGACAGCGUGACCUAGAAGCAUACCUGCAGGAGGUCAGUAGCAGUCGGAUACUGCCAAGGCCAUUGCUUCUUUUCCUGGAGUUUGAUAUAUAUGAUAUUAAUGGUGUUUCACAAGCUUUAGCUGCAGAGUUAUUUGAUAAGGGAGAUCUUAUUCUGGCUAGCCAGGAUGUGUGUGAAAUGACACCGAUGCAACUCUUUGCCAUCACAGAAAGGCUGAAGUUACCCCUACCUACAUGUGAUUCUGAUGAUGCUCACAGUGACAUUGGUCAUAUCAUGGACUUCAUGUCCAGACUGAAAUUCCUCAGAAUCGUUGGCUCCACAUCCAGACUUGGGUCUAGCACUCGUAAAGUUGAUGACUUGCCCUUUGACCUCUCAUACUUCAAGUCAAUUAGACAUCUUCAGAUUGAGGUUUGCAAUGCGAGAUGUAUAUCAGGAAUUGAAGAAGCAAAGACCCAUGUCAGUUUCCUGGCUGUGCACAAAUCUUUCAAUUCAAUACAGGAUAUGUUACUACCAAAUCUUACUCAGUGGGAAUCUCUUGCCAGCUCUAGUGGUCAGGAUGUAAUGGAGAUUGUCCCACCAUGGGGAAGGGUCAAGCUAGUAGAUUUCAGCUACAAUGAUCUCAAUGAUAUUGACAGGUCAAUUUGCCUCUUACCCAACGUGGAGCAGCUUGACCUGAGUCGCAAUCAGUUACGAUCCGUCAACCACCUUCACCAUCUCUCUGCCAUGACCCAUCUCAAUCUAUCCUACAACCAACUCCACUCCCUGGAUGACAUGAAAACCAGACUAGGCAAUGUCCAUACCCUCCUACUCACCAACAAUGAUCUCUCCAGUCUCUAUGGCUUGGCCAAGCUAUACUCACUGGUCAAGCUGGACGUCAGGUCAAAUAUUAUUGAACAUGUACUAGAGGUACAACAUGUGUGCAAUCUACCAUGUUUAGAGCAUUUACUACUGAGUGAAAACCCUGUUACCAAUGUGGUAGACUACAGAACAAAGGUCCUGGAGCUCUUUGAAGACCGAUUUACAGAACUUAGUCUAGAUGGACAUAAGGCCACUGAGAAGGAGAAGGAUACAGUCAACAUUCUAAAAGCUAUCAAGAAAUCCAAAGAUUACAGGCCUUUUGUUGGAUCAAAACACAACUCACCAAAGAGAGUAGUUCAUGAGGCAGCUAUAGCUGACCCCAGUGCAUCAAAACAAGCAUCACCAAUGGGUCCUAGUUUAACAGGAGAAAGUGCUGAAUUCAAAGCUAAAGUAGAAUCACUACGCAGACAAGGUGGCAAGGCAUGGCUUAAUAUAUUCAAUGAGAUGUCUGAUCCUGCAGAAGAAGAAGCCUCAGCUGUUGUGGUAAAACAACAAGAUGGGCAGAAGAAUACAGAUAAAGGAGCUAAGAAAGAUAAAACAAAAAGGGCAAGAUCAAGAUCCCGCUCUCCACGUCCCAAGCCCAAUUCAGCAACAGAAAAAACCCUCCCUGUGCAGGAAAUAAAGUUAAGUCCUAAAGGAUUUGCAUAUCAUAUCUUUGAUGAAAUUAGUCGGCACAACCAGGCAGGUAUUGCAGAUGUAUCCACCAUCUUCUUGCAGCUCACCAUGUACUUCCAGGGACCUAAGCUGUUCACGUAUGGUCCUCGGCAUAAGGCGGCUGGAAUGCCCCCUCCAGAUGUCAAUGGACCUACCCUAAAGGGCUACCUGGGUCAAAUGAGCCCAGACGAGCAGGAGGAGUUGAUAGAAGUAUUAAGAAGUGUACUCAGUGGGACCCUGCAGUUGUCCAACAAGUUCCCUACUGAGGCAGAAGCAGAGGAGGUCUGGAAGCAUGUCCAGACAUUGUUAGGUAGAAAUGAUGUCAUGGAGAAGGAAAAGGAGGCAGAGAAUAUUUUACUUGUUCCUGAUAAGGAAUCCGUAAGACCUGAAAUUGUUGCUGAAAUUGAUGGAAGCAGAGAGGAAGAAUCAAGGACAGGGAAUGGGGAUGAUAGUAAAGACCAAUCAGUAAAUGAUGUAUCUUCAAAAGUCAAAGAAGUGAGCAUCAUUUCUGAAGCAGAUGAAGAGAAGGAUGAAAGGAUGACAGAAUCGUCUCUGCUGUGCAGUAAACCUGAUGAAUCCUCUCAAGCACCAAUACCUCCGGAACAGCCAGUGUCCUUGAAUAAAAAAGAUUUUGGAUUCAAAGGUAUGGUAUCAUUACCUACCACUGCCCCAGAGGUUCCUACAUUUGCGGUUGUCCCAGACUAUGACCAAACAGUUAUUGAUCAUUUAUCAUCCUGUGGGCUAAGAAAAGGUCUCAAGCUCUCUCCAUCAAUGCAAUGUCUUGCCACCAUGUCUACCAGUGAAAUAAUUAAAUACUUUCAUGAGAACGUAGCCCACAAAAAUAGUGGUGAGAGGGAAAAUCUUACCCAUGUUGUGUGGACAAAGGUGAUUACCUAUGCUGUUCCUAAAGAGGAGGUGAUGUCCUGUGUAAUGCUUAGCUCUCUCGCACUGUAUGUAUUAUCAGAUCAGACAUUGAUGUGUCAUCGGGAAUCCUGGAAGACUCAUCGUCGUAUAUCCAGUGACUCUGCGGUGCGCAAAUCCAAACUCAGAUCAGGAAGGCCUGAUAGGCAAUCUCAUGCCAGUGGUGUGAUCCACAGUUCUUCAGAGUUAGAGGCAAACAGAGUGUGCUGCCAGCAUGUCAUUUCUCUUGGCGACAUAGAUGAAGUGGUGGUCGGGCUCUUUGACCAAAAGAUUCGUCUGACUGGACACACACCAGAUGACACUUUGACCCUGAUAACAAGAAAUUUUAAGGAAACCCACAAGUUCCAGCAGCAGCUGAUGCUGGCUCUGCCGCAUCCAGAAAGUCCUUGUAAAUCUGAUCAGAGACCAGGGUCACCAAUUGACCUCUAUCAGGAAGCGAUGAAAGCCAGACAAGAAGCAGUCAUCACAGAAUACAAGCAUCCUGCAGGAGUCAAGUUUGUCUAUGCUAAUGAAGAAACGAUCAGUGACUUAACAUACCUUGUUGUAGAGAAGGUAAAGAGUCCGUCUUUUGGGAUCCUUGAUGUCCAUCUUCUGAUGUACAUGCUUCUCCAUCAGGUUGGUGAUGUCAUCAGCAACAAUGAGUACGUUCCACCGUCCAUCGAAACAGCAUCACUUCAUCCUCGAUCCCUCAUCAUCACUAACACUCACGUGGCACUUUGCCAUGAAGAUCACGUGUGCUACCCGAUCCCAAACUUCUCAAAGUUACUGCCAGAGAGUCCUCAAUACUCAGUCAGUGAUGUCCAACCUAUCUUCAACCUGAAGCGACUGGUGGUCAGUGACUUCUCUUCUUGCGAUAUCACCCUUAUAUUUGAAGUCAUCACUGUGGAGGUAGAUAUAAGCAGAGAGUACUUUACAUCAGAUGAUCUCCAGGAAGGUGAGAAGCAUCACACUCCAGACAUAGUCUGGACCUUAUUACUUCCUUCUCUUGAAGACAGGGAGAGGUUGAUGAAAAUGAUUUGUGGACAAUGGAGGGAUAAGCAUAAUAAGGAACUAUCUAUUCAGGUUAGUGCAUAAACUUAAGGAGAUAUGCCAAGAAACACCCGUUAUUUCAGUUUCAUAGUAUAUAUAUGAUGAAUAUGUACAAUAUCUUCGAUAUUCUUAUUCUGAUAAAUUUCAGAGAUAUUUAUAUAAUCCAGAAAUUUAUGAAUUAUUUUGAAAGGAGGCCUUGUCAUAAUAUGAUUAGGUUUAUGUAUGUUUUCUGCAAACCAGCUGUUGUGUUGUAAUGCCAAACAUAGUAUCUCUCAGAUUUUUAUCUGUUGUCAUUUGUACUUUUUUUAAACAAAUCUUUAUAAAAAUUCCAACCAAAUGUAUCCAUAUUGUAUGCUAGUAAUAGUUCUAGAUUGCCUCUUUUGUAAUUCAUUUGUAAUGAAAAUGAAAUGUAAAAUGUAUGCACAUGUAGUGAGGUAGUUUCAUCUAACAUGUGUGAAUAAACUUUUGUUUCUUAGACAAUUCAUUACUGUUUCAAAGAUUUAUUUAAAAAAGAAAAUGGAUUUUCCCUUGUAAGAUAUAACUUUAAAGAUUAGUAAUGAAGCAUGCCUGAUAUAUCACCAUUACAUCAUAUAUAUCAAAAUCUGAGUCUGACUUAAUUUGAAAACCAUAGUGAUUUUUGUUGAUUUUGAUUGGUUUUUUAUUGUUUUGUUUUUUAACAAAAAAGGUUUGUAGACAAUUGUAUACAUGUGGAUACCAAGUAUAUUAAAAUUUAUGUAUUCUAAUUGUUUUGUUUCUUUUAAUCAAUGUGACCUGUAUCUGUACACAUGGGAUGUGUGAUCCCUUUGUCAAGUCUUAAGGUCAAAGUUUAAGUUAAUUUUGAAGGUAUUCAAGAAGGGUCUCAAUUCACCUUCCCCCUCAGUAACGUGGAAUUCACCAUACAAAAAUAAAUUUAGCUGUCAUCUGUAACUUUAUCUGUAAGUUUGUGUGUAUUAUGAAAUAUGGGGGUUUUAAUAUCAAAUUUUGUUCUCGUAUGCAUAAGCAAGACAUAAUUGCUACUUUUCUGACAGCGAUGGGGCAUCAUCAACAUUGAAAUCAUAACCUAGGUUAAGUUUUUGAAAUAUCAUAACUUUGAAAGUACAUGUAUAUCAAUCCAUUUCAUGAAAUUUAGACAUAAGUGUAAUCAGGUAUCACUGAUCGUAUAGCACAAGUUUCAGGUCAAAUGAUCCAGGUCAAAGAACUUUGAUCAUGUUGUGGUAUCAGUAUUAAAAUCUCAACCAAGGUUGUUAUUUUGAAUUUUCAAGAUGACAUUUAAAGUAUAAGAUCAAGUUUCUACUCUUUUGCAUAAUCUCUUGUGCAAUAUCAAUGUCUAAUCACAAACUGCUACUUUCAACUCAUGGUCUAAUUCAGUCAGUCCCUUAGGCGAUGCGAGAGCACUGCGCGAGUGAAAAGACAAUUUGUUCGCAAAUUGAGAAAGAAGGUAAUUUGUCUGUAAAUACUAUAUCAUUUUUUUACAGAACUCAUCAAUUAUAUUAAAAAUGAAUGAAAUAUUGCUCUUAAACACUACCCAGACUGUUACAACUAGAUACUAAUAAGAAAGGCUAUAAAAUAUGUUAAGGUCUUUACUUUGGAUCAACGGAUCUACACUGGUAACCUAUGUAGAAACAAUUUUCAUGAGUGAUGCGCCUGCAAUUUCCUUAUUGAAAGCAACGCACUCACAUUUGAUUGAACGCAAAAAGGCCCCUACUCGAGUCUUAAAAGUCAUUUUUUGCUUGCAGCUUUGAUAGUUGCACUGUUUAUUAAUUUCUUGUCGUACACAUUCAUGACUUAUGACUAGAUCAUAAUUACGUGUUAGGGGGAAAUGGGACAGUGUGUUCCAUUUCUCCCCCUUAGUAACACAGAAAUAAAAGAUAUCUGUGAUAUACUUGAUGUUUUACUCACAAAAAACGAUGAAAAAGUAUCUAAAAAGGGGUAUAAAAAAGAAACUUGCUUAUAACUUACCUGUAGAGCUGUAGAGUAGCUCAUAUAUCUGUUUUGAGCUAUACCUAGGCACACCUUUUUACUGAUGUAACCGGCUUGCUGAUUGGCUAAUUAUUUUUCAAGUUACAAGAGUGUCCCAUUUCUCACCGGUCUCCCCUAUAUUUCUUAAUAAUUUUAUAUUUCAGAAUGUUUCUUUUUUUUAAAUAGCAGAUGACAAAAGAGUGGGUAUGGUACUAAGGGCUUUUCUACACUCACACGGCGAAAUGACGGACAUGGUACAUGUAGGAUCAAAGUACAUAAAUGUGAAGAAUACAUUGACAGUUAAAUGUUAGGGAAUUCACCAUUGACUGUCCAUCUCUCUUAGUAGCUUGUAUUGUAGGUGCCAUCAUCCCACAAAUAAUUAGCAUAAUAUGAUAAGAGUCGAAAAUUCAGCCCCACUAGCAGUACCAAUUUAUGCUGGCGAAAAAGGCUAGCAUACAUUGAUAAGACCAGUAUACAGUGAAAAGUUUAGGGGGAAUUUUGUAGUCUUUGUGUUUUGCAUUGCUGUAUGAUGAUGUCAUGUUUGUUACAUGAUGUGUCAUUGUAUAUUGGCUUUGUUGGCUUGACUGCUCACAACAUAAUAUACUUGUAGGUGAGCCUCCCCAAUAUAUAUUGUCAAGUAUAUAAUAGUAGAUGGUUUUGGUCACAGUUAGUAGUUACAAAGUGAAAAAUAUAUAUUAAUUAUUCAGCUCUUUGUAUCAUGCUAGAUGUUGGAUUUUUCCACACAAGAAUUUAGCAAAUUAUUUGUUCUGCAGAAAUCAUGAUGAAGUCACAUUGUAAUCCAUGGUGAAUUUGUACGAUGUAUGAGUACAUGUUAUUGGCAAAUAGUAACAUAUUAUGCCAAAUGCCAAACAUGAAACUGUGCAAUCUACUGCAUGUUUAUGUUUUUAUCUGUUUAUUUUUACUGUCUGAUUUCAUGAAGUGUUUUCAUUUACUUUAGUUAUCAUCAAGUAACAUCUUGUAAUAUGGAGUGAUUGUUUGCAACUACUAUCUGAAAUUAAACGGGCUUAUCACCUAUAAAUAUAUUCUGAGAUUGGAGGAAAUCCAUUUCUUAGUAUCUCACUUCGAGCAUGUCCAAUAUUUUAAAGACUGUUACGAUUGGAGAUGUCUUAGCGGCAGUUCUCAGAUGUUGCAUCCCAAAGACAUGCCCGCACUUUUCAAGAUUAUUUGACACACACUUUGAGGCGUCUCUGAAUAAUCUGGAAUUUGCUGUGCCUCAUUGAGAGUGCAAACCAUUUUUUUUUAGAUGAUGCGGCUGGGUCUGUGGCGAGAUGUUGCAUCUUGAUACUUCUGUGAAGCAUAAUAUGAAGGUAAAAACAAAUUACAUACAUGAAAUCUGUACCCGGCAUUUUUGUCUCGCCUGCGUAGCGGAGCGAGACAUAGGUAUCACUAUUUCCGGCGUCGUCGUCGUCAACAAUUGUGUUGUACACCCAAUAACUUUCUAUAGCUUCGAGGUGGGAUCACCAAAUUCAUACCAGAGGUCCAUCUCCUGAAGGCACAGGUCAAGUUCGAAUAUGAGUCGAAUUUGAAUAAGGUCAAUGAACUUUCCAUGACUGGCACUGUGCUAUGUUGUACACAUAAUAACUUUCUAUAUCUUCGAGGUGGGAUCACCAAAUUCAUACCAGAGGUCCAUCUCCUGAAGGCACAGGUCAAGUUCGAAUAUGAGUCGAAAUGUGAAUAAGGUCAAAGGUCAAUGAACUUUCCAUGACUGGCACUGUGCUGUGUUGUACACACAAUAACUUUCUAUAGCUUCGAGGUGAGAUCGCCAAAUUCAUAACAGAGGUCCAUCUCUUGAAGGUGCAGGUCAAGUUCAAAUGUGAGCCGAAUUUGAAUAAGGUCAAAGGUCAAUGAACUUUCCAUGACUGGCACUGUGCUGUGCUGUACACACAAUAACUUUUUAUAUCUUGAAGGUAGGAUUGCCAAAUUCAUACAAGAGGUCCAUCUCCUGAAGGCACAGGUCAAGUUCGAAUAUGAGUCGAAUUUGAAUAAGGUCAAAGGUCAAUGAACUUUCCAUGACUGGCACUGUGCUGUGUGGUACACACAAUAACUUUCUAUAGCUUCGAGUUGGGAUCGCCAAAUUCAUACCAGAGGUCCAUCUCCUGAAGGCACAGGUCAAGUUCGAAUAUUAGUCGAAUGUGAAUAAGGUCAAAGGUCAAUGAACUUUCCAUGACUGGCACUGUGCUGUGUUGUACACACAAUAACUCUAUAUCUUGAAGGUAGGAUUGCCAAAUUCAUACAAGAGGUCCAUCUUUUGAAGGUGCAGGUCAAGUUCAAAUGUGAGUUGAAUUUGAUUAAGGUCAAAGGUCAAUGAACUUUCCAUGACUGGCACUGUGCUGUGUUGUACACAUAAUAACUUUUUAUAUCUUCGAGGUAGGAUUGCCAAAUUCAUACAAGAGGUCCAUCUCUUGAAGGUGCAGGUCAAGUUCAAAUGUGAGUUGAAUUUGAUUAAGGUCAAAGGUCAAUGAACUUUCCAUGACUGGCACUGUGCUAUUUUGUACACACAGUACAUUUCUAUAGCUUCGAGGUGGGAUCGCCAAACUCGUAACAGAGGUCCAUCUCUUGAAGGUGCAGGUCAGGUUCGAAUGUGAGUUGAAUUUGAUUAAGGUCAAAGGUCAAUGAACUUUCACACUACUUUGUUCCUCUAGUGACAUGAACUUUAUAAUUUGAUACUUUUUAACACUAACAUUUUACUUCAGAUCUCAGUACUCUCUAUACCUGAACCAGAUUUUGUAUUUUACUUGUUUAUUCUUUAAAAACUGUUGUUAUUUAUUAAAUGAGCUAUAGUUCUUGGCACCAUUUAUAAUAUUCACACACAUUUGCCAAUGGUACAAUAGAAAAGCUGUCAAAGUUUCUUAAAUGUUACCCUUCAGAUUUGACAUGCAGUCUCUUCAUGACUGCAAUAUGCAGGCGAGACAAUGCUUGGCGAAGUUGGCGUUUGCCUUGUUAUUGUUUAUGCAAGUUGAAAUACGAGAUUCAGGAUUUUAUGAAUGCAUGUUUUGUAGUUUUAUACUUAAUUUAUUAUUAUACUCUAAUUUAUUAGCAGAUAUAUCGACAAGGUUAGAGAUUGCUUCUGAUGUUUUUUUUAAAUGAAGAUCAGCUUAUUUAAUAGUUAUUUUAUUUAUUUCAUUGGGAACAAGAUGCAUAUUAUAAUGUGUUUAAUGAUUACCAAGUUUUGUGAAACUGCUUCUGUGAAGAAAAAAAUCUGUUGUGCGCACAAGUGAGUAGCGAUCUAGGCAUACAUAAAAGUAAUGUUGUAUAAACUGUCAUCAAUUUUAAUUUCAUACACAUUUUCUUUAUAAUAUAGAUAUUUUAUGUCGUUCCAAUAGUGACCUGUAUAUACAAAGUUUUAUAUGCAAUGUUAUUAAACUUUAUAUUUACCAGA